UGUACUCUAUAGUGACUAUGGGAACUAAAUAAUAUUUGUGAUUGUCAGAAUACUCUGUGUCUUCUUUGUCUACAUUCCUUAAUGCAUCUACCGCACUUUAAUUAAUUCGACUGGAGUCGUUUCUCAAGUGAAAGCGUGCAAAUUAAGCUGCAUGCAAUGAUGCUGGAUAUGUUUCAGAAGAAAUGACUGAUACAAAGUGCAACGCAGUGCCAAAAGUGAUUCUCAAUCGUCUGUUAGAGUUUUGUAAAUAAAUCAUUUCAGUUCAUAAGUGAAUACAUUCCAUAAAAGUAUGAAAUUAAUCAUGAAUAAGGCUUUUUGUUGGGGGGUGCUUAUUGCAUCGGUAACUUGGAUAAUUACGAUUGUGUUGUACACAAAAAUCUCCAGCUUGUCUACGAUUUUCAGUGCAAGUGGUAGUACUGAUAGGAGUCAUAGUGCAACAACGAACGCCAGGGCGGAGAAAAUCGCGGACGACAUGCAUUUAAAUCCAGUUUUUCCAACUAUUCAAAGUGAGUUUGGUUUGAUUCGAAAUGCUGAAGACCAAUAUAUUCGUGACACUGGAUACAAACAGCAUGCAUUCAAUGCUCUAGUAAGCAAUAACAUCGGAUUGUUUAGAAAGUUGCCAGACACUCGCCACAAAGUUUGUUCGAAACAAGAAUAUCCAGACUUAUCAGCUACUGUUUCAAUAAUUAUGUGCUUCUAUAAUGAACAUCAAAUGACUCUCUUACGGUCUAUCAAUUCAGUACUGAAGCGCACUUCCCCGAAUUCACUGCAAGAAAUUAUUCUAGUUGAUGACUUCAGUGAAUAUGACGAUUUGAUAGAGGGUCUAGAUCAAGAAAUAAAGAAAUUUGAUGUUGAAGGAAAAGUACGUUUGAUUCGUAACCAAAAACGUGAAGGACUGAUUCGAUCUAGAGUGAUAGGAGCUAGAGAUGCUAAGGGAGACGUAUUAGUUUUUCUAGAUUCGCAUAUAGAAGUAAAUACUGAUUGGCUGCGACCACUUUUGAAAAUGGUUCACAAUGAAAAUUCUACGCUAGCUGUUCCUGUGAUUGAUAUAAUAAACGCUGAUACUUUCGCAUAUAAAAAUAGUCCCCUGGUUCGGGGUGGAUUCAACUGGGGUUUACAUUUCAAAUGGGAUAAUUUACCAGAAGGAACUAUAACAGAUGAAGCUUCCUUCGCCGGCCCAUUCAUUUCACCUACUAUGGCUGGUGGUUUGUUUGCAGUAAAUCGGAAUUAUUUUAAAGGAAUCGGUGAAUAUGAUAUGGGUAUGGAUAUCUGGGGUGGGGAAAAUUUAGAGAUGUCUUUCCGAGUUUGGCAGUGUGGCGGAGCAAUAAAGAUAGUCCCGUGUUCACGGAUAGGACAUGUCUUUCGCAAGAGAAGACCAUAUAAUUCGCCGGAUGGUAGUGAUACUAUGCUUCGUAACUCAAUGCGCUUAGCAACCGUGUGGAUGGACGAGUAUAAGGAUAUUUACAUGAAACAUCAAAAAGUGAAUGCUGAUUUCGAUUUUGGGGACGUGACUGAACGAAAAGAGUUGAGAGAAAAAUUAAAGUGCCAUCCGUUUUCUUGGUAUCUCAAACAUGUUUAUCCGGAAUUGGAAGUACCCGGGGAAACAAAUAAUGGAACUUCGAAAAAGUUAUUGCCAUUGUUUCAGCCAUGGAAUUUGAGGAAACGAAAGUACAUCAACAAUUAUCAAAUUCGUUUAAGUAACACAACACUGUGCAUAGCAGUUCAGGGUGCUAAGUCAAAAGGGCAAUGGAAACGUGGGAGUACAUUAUUAUUAAAACCAUGCCAAAAAGAUAAGAGUCAACUUUGGUACGAAACAGACAAGGCCGAGCUUGUGGUGGAUAAACUCUAUUGUAUGGAAGCUAAACAGGCGACAGGGCUCUCUUAUCCCAUUAUUGGUAAAUGUCAUGAAAUGUUGGGUGAUCAAGAAUGGCGACAUACUAAAAAGAGUGAAUCACCUAUUUAUAACACUGCUACUGGUAUGUGUCUUCGUGCCAAUAAUCCGAUAGUUGGUGCAUCAGUUUUCUUAGAUCUCUGCUCUAAAGCAAUACAUAAUUCCUGGGAUUUUAUGUAAUAGCAUUUACAUUGUUUUUUUUUAUCAAUUUUUUAUAUUGAAAUAAAUUAUGGUUUUUGUAGAAA